CCAUGGAGGAGAUGGUGGAGAGAAGGGAAGGCUUCCCCACCUAUUCACCUCAUCUCCUUUUUGCCCCACCAUUUAAUUUGAUUGCACAGUGGACUCAUCUCUUCCAUUGGAUUGCUUAGACUCCAAAUCACACCGCCCCAAUCUGACCCUCUAUUUUUCUAUUGUUCUCUUUCUUCUUCAUUCUUCCAGUCUCUCUCUAUCCUUCUCUCUCCCACCUCUUUCCUCUUUCCUUCCCCCUUCCCCCUUCCCCACACUCCCUGGUCGUCUUGGACUGGGAAGAAGAAUUCUAGAGUUUGGUGUUGGUGUUUAUUCAAGAGCAGCCAGUGCUUUUUUUUACUAUUGACGAGUCUUUCAGGACCCAGUGGUUUGCUUUGGGGAGGCCUGCAAGAAGAUCUUGUAGAAAUCCUUCUAAUUUUAGCGGAAAUUCUCACAUAAAAACACGAUUUUUUUUUUAGCUUCCCUGUGUUUUGGGUCGAUUUGUAUUGGGAUUAAAAGGGAAGGAGGAAAGGAGUGGUACGUAUGGGAAAGCAAGGACCUUGCUGCCAUUGUGGAGUUACAAUUUCAUGACUCCAAAUUGCUUCUUUGAAGCAUCUCAAUAUCUAUGCCAAACAAACAUCCUCAAAAUAAAGGACUUUUAACAGUGACAGCAAAAAUUAUUUUAGGGAGAUUCCAGUGACCUGCAAUGGGGAUUGCAAAUUGGAGGCUGUGUUUCCUUCUUCCUGCUUUGGUAGUCAGCAGAAGACUAGGCCACCACUUGCUUAGAGUGAUUUCCCUUGGUACCCCUCUUUGGCGGAAUGGGCCACCUGAAAAACCAGUUUUAUGCAAUGCAUGUGGUUCGAGGUGGAGGACCAAGGGUUCAUUGACAAACUAUGUACCACUACAUGCUCGUGAAGCCUUUGAUUCAGAUGAGCUAAAAGUUCCAAAAAUAAAAAAUAUAUCCUUUAAGCCUAAAGAGCAUAAGUGGCAAAAGAAAAAGCAAAGCAAUAAUAUAUUGGAAAGUGAAUGUGAAAUACAGUAUUGUGAUCAAAACUUUCAUAAGAUUGCCGAGGGAGACACAAGCAAUCGAUCCAGUUCUGGCUCAGCCAUAUCAGGUUCAGACAGCUGUGUACAAUUUGGCACCACUGAUGCAAGUGAUGUAACAGUUUGCUUUUCAGGUUCAGUGCAAUCAAACGUAUGGGAUUCACUUGUGCCAUCAAAGAGGAGGACAUUUGUGACUCGUCCAAAGCCUUCUCCAGUUGAAAAGCUUACAAAGGACCUAUGUUCCAUAUUGCAUGAAGAACAAGCUUCUAAUUUGUCAAUAACCUCAGAAGAUGAUUUACUUUAUGAAAGUUUAACUCCAUUUGACUCUUCGGAGAUCGGGUAUGGAGGUGUACUGAUUAAACAUCCAAACUCGAAAUCUGUCGAGGAGGAAUCAGAAGCCAGCUCACUUCCAGUGGAUAAAUCAUAUCUUCGUAAUGAAGGUUAUACAGGUUCAUCCUUUCCAGUAAAUAUUGAAGGCAAAGGGACAAGUUUUCUGAAUUCUGGUACUGGCACAAUGAAGUCUACAACACAAUUGGCUCAAGAGAAUGUGAAAAGGGGUAAAAUUUCACAUGAAAAGUUAAAAAUCCUGCGAGACAGAGACUCUCCCCUGACUUCUGCAGAUUUAAAUAUUAUUGUCAAGUAUGAUGUUUUCAUGAAAUACCUGACAUAUGAGGAACGGCAACAAUUGAUGAAAUAUCUGCCAUCUAUAGACACUGUGAAACCUCCUGAAAGCCUUAAAAACAUGUUUUCCAGUCCCCAAUUCCUGGAGACAUUGUCUUACUUCCAGCAACUGCUUCAGGAAGGAGUUUUUGAUCUCUCCUUGUCAGGAGCAAAUGCUGAGGAGUGUAGGAACCUGAAAAGGCUUGUACUACUAAAUUGUUCAAAUCUUCAAUGGUUGGAGUGCUAUCAAAAAAUAAAGGAUGCACCCUCCAAGAAGACAAGAGGAGGAAAUGGAACAUCUCCCAGACGGAAGCUUACUGGUCUUUCCAAUUUCUCAUCCCUGAAAAGGCAUCAUGAUAAGCAAAACCGGGACUAUCCAGAGCUAAGCACCAUGAGAAGCUCGAAAAAAGUAUGCAAAUCCGGACGCAUGAGCCCUCCAAGAAGUUCAACUCAGCUGGAAUCUAGUAUAGUUUCCAAAGUAACCGAUGACACGGUGGACAUUGCAGAUCACGAAGGUGGUUGCUCGAGUCCAAGAAGAGUUUUGGCAUCUCCUGAUGAUAGGAGCUCCAUGCUAGCCGCGGUGCAGUUCAUCGCCGACAGUCCCGAAUGCGACUGGCUUCUGGAUGUGCCUUCCGGUGCAUCAUUUGCCGAAGCGGAACUUCUGUACCAUCCAUGGAAACAGAAAUCGAACCGGAAUGGUUCCUCGACGGAGAGUGGAGUUGAAGCUUCCGACCACCCAUCUUCAAGUUUCACCAACAAAUAGUCAAAGCGAUGGUGGCAGACACAGUAGUAUAAUCGAAUCGAUCGUUUCCCUUUGAACAUAACCGAAGGACGAGUGCCUGAAAUAUGGUGUUAAACAGUCUUCUUCUCUCACCUCUGAUAAUUCACUCUACUUUUUCCAAGUACGCUGAAAACUGAGCGUUGCCUUUCUUUUAUUCCCUGGCAAGACGGUUGUAAUGUAACUCGAGGAGUAAAGGAGGAGUUUGUAUAAACUGUAAAGAAUUGGAGUUGCGGAGUUUAUAUAUGUUGCUCGUCACCAUUCCCUGUG